GUCGAAGUUGUCGGGGAACGUAUACAGUGUAACACCAGAAACGAGCCCGGCUUUCCGCUUGCUCUCCACUCUGUUUUUAUUUUGAUAUUUACCCUUCCCCUCAGUCUUUUCUUCACCUGACCUUUUAUCCACACAGGAUGAGUUGUGAAGGAGACGGUGAUGAUGCUAGCUCCACUAAACGUAAGGUCGCAUAUGUUUUUAGCCAGGAAUACAUUGAAACCUGUGAUUCUUUAUCCAAAGUGCCGAACCGGGCGAGCAUGGUCCACUCGUUGAUAGAAGCCUAUGGACUCCUAAAUCAAAUGAGCAUUGUGAAGCCGCGGGUGGCUACCAUAGAGGAAAUGGCCCAAUUCCACUCAGAUUUCUACCUGGAGCAUCUUCAUAAAAUAAGCCAGGACGGGGACAGCGAUGACCCGCACUCGGUUGACUACGGCCUGGGUUACGACUGUCCAAUUGUGGAGGGCAUAUUUGACUACGCAGCAACAGUAGCGGGUGGUACGCUCACAGCCGCCAAGUGCUUGCUGGACCAAAUGUGCCAUGUGGCCAUCAACUGGGCCGGCGGGUGGCACCAUGCCAAGAAGGACCAAGCGUCGGGCUUCUGCUACGUUAACGAUGCCGUUCUGGGAAUCCUCAAGCUGAGGGAGAAAUACGACCGAGUUCUUUACGUGGACGUGGACCUGCAUCACGGCGAUGGUGUGGAGGAAGCCUUCAGCUUCACAUCCAAAGUGAUGACGGUUUCCUUCCAUAAGUUCUCUCCUGGCUUUUUCCCAGGCACGGGUGAUGUCACCAAUAUUGGCUUGUGCAAAGGCCGCUGGUACACAGUUAACGUCCCCCUGGAGGACGGCAUCCAAGACGACAGAUAUUACCAAAUCUUCACCAGCGUCAUGCCAGAUGUUCGCGCUCACUUCAACCCGGACGCUGUGGUGAUGCAGCUGGGCGCCGACACCAUGGCGGGCGACCCCAUGUGCUCGUUUAACAUGACGCCGCUGGGCGUGGCCAAGUGUCUGCGGCACGUGCUGCAGUGGCGCCUGCCGACGCUGCUGCUGGGAGGAGGGGGUUACAACCUGGCCAACACGGCCCGCUGCUGGACCCACCUGACAGCAGUGCUUCUGGGACAGAAUCUCGCCUCGGAAAUACCAGAUCACGAGUUUUUUACAGAGUACGGCCCCGACUAUUCGCUAGAGAUCAGUCCAAGCUGCCGACCCGACCGCAAUGACAGCAAACACCUUGACCAGGUCAUCUCCACCAUCAAACGCAAUCUGAGGAAUGUGGUUUAAGAGGCGUCCACAUGCUGUGAAGGAGACAAUACGGAAAGCAUGCGUUUGUCAGCCUUGCGGGAGCGGGAUCCAGAAGGAUUUUAGGGAACUUUUGGUGGCCUACUACCAGAGGAAGGACUUGAUGAGGUUUUGUGCUUGUUGUACAAUGUUCACACGUUUGAAUGUGUUUCCGGAUAGAAGUCGGUACACAGUUCCCUCACUAAAUCCGCCAGGAGUUGUGAAGGAUGAUUUCAAGCCGACCUGGAGGUUUACUCUCAUUGGG